AUGAGCACAGUGGACGGCAUGCGUCGUCUGCUAGCGAAUGCGCUUUUGGAUUUUUCCAACGAGCGGUUUGUGACUAUAUGCGAGCUCUGCAUUCCUAUCCAUAACUUCACAUUCGUUUACUCGUACCUCGUCUCCCCUCAUCACUCCGCCGCCCUCUCCUCUCCCUCCACCUUGUUUCAACCCAAGUCACUGACUUCCUCCUCUGGGUUACAUCUCGCCGGUACGGUUCCAUCUGCGCCGCGUAGUUACAUCCCGUCGAACGACGUGUCAGGGGAGGGCGGGAGGGACCGUUUCAACCCCAACUGCUUUGAGCCGAUGCUGGGUGUGGAGCAGUGGAGGAAGGGAGGGCAGUAUAUUGGACUCACGCGAAGACUGGCCGUGCAGGUAAUUUCGGACUCCAAGUUUUACGAUAAGUUUGCAGCCUGCUGUGUGCCGGUGCGAGGGGUCUUCCCCGCCUGCUUCCCCUCAGAGCACUACCUCCCCUCCAUCGUCCCCAUUCUCGUCGACCUCCCCCCUGUGGGGGAUUUUGGCCCUUUUGUGGACGAGCUCUGGGCGGGGAUAGGGGAAGGGGGGGGGAUGGGGGGAGGGGGAAGGCGGAGUGGGUGGGGGGAGGCGGCGGGGGGAGGGGGCGGCGUGGGGUUGCGGGGGAGCGGGGAGGACCUGGCGAAUUGGAGUUUGGUGUUUGAGGAUUGGUGGACCCAGCCCAACUCGGGGCAUGCUUAUGUGUACAACGGUACAGAGCUCACCUCGGACCUCGUCUCUCUCAUGCGCCACUGCCACUUUGGCAACCUCUGCCAUAUCUUUGCCGGCCAUUUCCACCCCUCGGCCCUCUCCCGAGCGCUCUCUCUCGGACCGAAGCUCGGGUUGUGGGAGGCGAGGAACGACGAGAGACGAUGA